GUUACUGAUUGACGCGAUGUCAAUAAGAAGUCCCACGUGUUUUGGAAACUGUAAAUUUCCAUUGAAAGUGGUUUUUUGAAGUGAAUUUCUCAAGGUAAUUUGGCUUAGAGGAAGGUCCUUAGUUCCAGGAGAAAAUGGUGUUUUUCACAUGCAAUCACUGUGGAGAUAGUCUGAAGAAACAGGCUGUGGAAAAGCAUUAUGCAUGGCAAAAAUGCAAGGGGGCACCGGUAUUUGUUACUUGUGUGGAUUGUCUCAAGGAUUUCCGGGGUCAGCAAUAUGUAGCACAUACCAAGUGCAUCUCAGAGGCAGAGAGGUACUAUGGCAAUGACUACCAAGCAAAGCCAUCUCAAAAUAAGGGACAGAGGAAGCAAGAAGCCUGGAUAGAUAUCAUUCAGAGUGUACUGAAGAGAGAUGAUUUGUCCUCACGCCUCCGGGGGGUGCUCCAGAUGCUCACGAAACAUGAAAAUGUACCCAGGAAGAAAGCUAAAUUUCUCAAUUUUAUGAAAAAUGUUUCCCGCCAAACAUCUGAGUAUGAUGCCACAAGGAUUUUUGAUCUCAUUGAGGAGGAAUACACAAAAUCGAAAGAGACUAAAAAUGACGUGACUUCUGUCCAGGAGAGUGUGGAGCAUGCAACUGAGAAUGGUGUGCAUGACGAAAAGGAACAUCAUGAGGACAAAAAGUCCAAGAAGGCGAAGGAAGUUGCAGAGAGUGGGACAUCUCAAGAGGAAACAGUCCAGGAAAAUGGAAAGGAAUCAUCUGAGAAUGCCGUGAGUGAACAAGAAGAUCAUAAGGAUAAAAAGUCGAAGAAAAGGAAGAAAUUAGCAGAGAAUGGAGCAUCUCAGGAGGAAACAGAACAGGGAAAUGGAAAAGAGGAGCAUUAUGAGGGCAAGAAGUCCAAGAAAAGAAAGGAAAUACUAGAGAGUGGAACAUCUCUGGAGGAGACUGUGCAAGAAGAUGGAAAAGAAUCAUCUGGGAAUAGUCUAACUGACCAAGAAGAACAUCAUCAGAACAAGAAAUCGAAGAAAAGAAAAGGAAUAACAGACAGUGAUGGAGGAUUUGAGGAGGAGGCUCUGCAGGAAAAUGCAACAGAAGCCCUUGAGAAUGGUGUAAAUGACCAAGAGGAAAAUCACGAGGGCAAGAAGUCCAAGAAAAGAAAAGGAAAAGCAGAGAGUGGAACGUUUCAGGAGGGAACUGCGCAGGAAGAAGGAAAAAAAUCAUCUGGGAAUAGCCUAAAUGACCAAGAUGAACAUCAUCAGACCAAGAAGUCCAAGAAAAGUAAAAAACUCUUAGAGAAUGGAACAUCUCUGGAGGAUGCUGAAGAUUUUACAAAGAAUCUGGAGCAGGAGGACGAUCAAAAGAACAAAAAGUCAAAGAAAAGAAAACAGGAUCAAAGAGAAGAACAGGAAGAUGUUGAAAACACUAUAAAUAGUCCGGAAGCACCUGAGCCCAAGAAGAAGAAAAAGUCCAAGAAAAUUGAAGAGAGUGUAGCAGAAGCGGAUGAAGAUGAAGUCCAGGAAACUCCCAAAAAGAAACAAAAACUUCAGAAAAACAUAGAAAAUACAGUGAAUACGGAAGAGAUAGUCCAGGAAGCAUCGCCAGAAUCCAAAAUUAAGAAGAAAAAGAAAAAUUUGAAUUCUCAAACUAGUCAAAUGGAAGGAAAAUCUUCCGGGAAAAAGAGCAAAAAGGAUAAGGAGACAACAAAGCCUACUGCAUCUGAGACCCCGUUUCCCUGGAAAGAAAACAUCUUUAAAAUCCUGAAGAAGAACAACAACAAGAUAGAAGUGGAAAAGCUAAAGAAACGCCUUCUGAAGAAGUACCAGAAAAUGUAUCCGGAAGAAUCGGGUAUUAAUAAAAUGACCAUAGGCCUUAUAAUGAAGAGAAGACUUAGGAAAUUCAAAUUGAAGAUGGAAGGUGAUUUUGUAACACUGAAAGUCUAAAAUGAUAUCCCCAACAACAACAACAACAAAAGCCUCCAGAAAAAUAUGCUGACGAAUACAAUGGAAUGAUGAUCAAAUUGAUCAUGAUUAUCGAUUGCAAUUCUGUAAGAAAAAAAAAAGAUAAAAUAUAAUAAUGGUGAAAUCACA